GGGCCGCCCUUUGACCCCUCCCCCUCGGUGACCCCCACCCCCCCGGCUCCAGGAGACGGCGGAGCAAAUCCCAGGGAAAGGAGAAGGAGGUUCGGGAUCGGGAUCGGGAUGAGCUGGAUUCCUUUCAAGAUUGGGCAGCCGAAGAAACAGAUUGUACCAAAGACUGUGGAGAGAGAUUUUGAGCGAGAAUAUGGCAAGCUCCAGCAGCUGGAAGAUCAGAUUAAGAAGCUUCACAAGGAUAUGAAGAAAAGUACUGAAGCAGAUAUAGCAAUGUCGAAGUCAGCAGUGAAAAUUUCUUCAGAUCUGCUGACCAAUCCUUUGUGUGAACAAGAUCAGAUGUUUAUGGAGACAGUGACAGCUCUGGACACUGCAAUGCGGAGAAUGGACGCCUUCAAUCAGGAAAAGGUCAAUCAGAUUCAAAAAACAGCCAUUGAACCCUUGAAAAAGUUCGGUAACGUUUUCCCAAGUCUGAACAUGGCAGUGAAGCGACGAGAACAGAGUUUGCAGGAUUAUAAAAGAUUGCAGUCCAAAGUGGAGAAGUACGAAGAGAAGGAGAAAUCUGGUCCUGUGCUUGUGAAGCUUCACCAGGCAAGAGAAGAGCUAAGGCCAGUCCGUGAAGAUUUUGAAGCCAAAAACAAGCAGCUGCUUGAUGAGAUGCCAAAGUUUUACAAUAGUCGCAUUGAUUACUUUCAGCCAAGCUUUGAAGCUCUGAUUCGUGCACAGGUCGUGUACUAUACGGAAAUGUCCAAGAUAUUUGGAGACCUCACUGGCCAGAUUGAGCAGCAGGGAAUUACUGAUGAGCAACGCGAAAAGGAAAAUGAAGCGAAACUUAAUGAUCUCCGAGCUCUUUCUAUAGUGGCAGAUGACUGAACGAGAACAGUGAUGUGUAAAACUGCACACUGAAUCAUUGCUGGGCUUAGUCUUAGAGUUUUCAGAGUAGUCCACGUUUGUGUGUACUUGGGGAAUUGUUAGGGGAGAAUGAGCAGUAAUGUUAUUGGAUAAUGAUUUGGAGAUCCUCCAUUUUUUAACCUCUUCCUCUCUUCACUUCCUGUGUUCAAGGUGGUGGGCACUGCGUGACCUGCUCUCUGAGUUCAGCCAAUCCUGCAGUUUGACAGAUAGACAGGAGAUUACAGCCAAUGUUCUUCCUGUUUCAGACAUGCCUGGAUGCUAUUCCCUGUUGAUCCUGAGAAGUGUAGUUUGGAAUCCUGGAUGACUAGCCCAGGAAAGUCUGUCUUGCCUCUCCUGGCCAAGAUAGUUUGGAGGAGUGAAUAACUGACCAAUUGUGUUGCAAUUACCUUGAACCCUUAACAUUCAGUUUGUUCGAAUCUCUGUCCACUGUGCGGUCAGAUCCGAGAGUGUCUGUUAGUAGAGAGGAAAAUGGCGUUUAAAUCGGGCAUCUCGUCUCUGAGAAGGGAAUUCAAUUAGAAGGUUAUUUUCAAAUUCCAACAGCAAUAUUUAAUUGCAUUGCAAUUAUUUUUUGGAAUGGUGAGAAUGACGGGUGAUGGGUCAAGGACCUGACUCUGAUGAAAUCUGCACUGCAAUAACAGCACACAAAUAGUUUUAAUAUAUCCAUAGACUUUAUGGUGAGAAAAUUGCGAUAUGGCUUUAGCGAUGUCCGAACUACAGGCUUUACACAAGCGACUCCCAAAGUCUGCCAAUCUGCUCCAAACAGGCAAGCCAACCUCUUAGUGACUGCUUUAUUGUUUGAAUUUGAAGUUGGGGAAUGUUAUUGCUGACUAUCCCGUGAGACAGAUCUUCAUGAUCUUUUGGCGUCUGUUGUUUCAGAUGCAUUUAAAUUAUUGGGUUUAUGUUUUACAUGGGGCUGAACGAGGCAGUAUGAUUGGACAUCCUUUUCUCUUUUGUUUUUAAAUCCUGCACACAUUUUGUCACCUUCACUCAGCCUUGCACAAAACUGCUGUGCUCUCAUCUUCGAGAAGGGAAUUCAAUUACAAAGUUAUUUUCAAAUCCCAACGGGAGCCGGGAAUAGCUAAUUGAAUGGAAGCAUUUCAGUUAUUUUUCGGGACGGUGAUGGGCCAAGGACCUGACUCUUGAAAUGUGGAAUUUUACUGCCCCUCCCGCUGGGAGUUUCAAACCGCUUGCCACAUCUUUUGGCCCUGCCCCUGCCACGAUGGGGCCAUAAAAUUCUGCCUUAUGUUUCUGACCUACCUUCUUUGCUUCAUGAUGAGUGUAGCAUUGGUGUUCGCCCUGGAGUAGUGCCUGAACACCUGCUGAUUUAUCCAACUGGAACUCAGCAGUAAUACCAUGGAGGUAGAAAAGGUGAGCAAGGAUGAGAAUGUCGAGUUACUCUGUUAAGGGUGAUGGGGAAAUGUAGCUUUGAUUGACCCAUGUCUCCCGCUUUUAAUUCCAGGAAAACACACAAACAGAUAAAACGUUCUUAAUUAUGCACUCAAAAGUGGCUUUAAAAAGAUGUAAUUUUGUAAUGUUUGUAAAUAAUAUUGAUGUCUUGUCUUCUGAGCUCCAUAAAAAUCUCACUGGA